AAGCAAAGCAAGCCAAAGCAAGCACCCCACUUUUUUUUUUUUUUUGGGAGUCUCUAAUCUGAAUCUCCCUCUCCAAAUACUCAACUCUGCAUCCCUCUUUGUCUGUUAAAAUCUGCUUUUUUUGACCUCUUCUUUUUGUCCUCCCACACCACCUCUAUAAGCACCUCCUGUUAAGUGUUUCACUGCCAAAACUCUCCACCCUUUCCUUCUCUCUUUCUCUCUCUUCCUUCUUCACCUCUUGCUUACUUCUAUUACUCUAAUUACUGUGAUUCCCCUCUAAAUCAAAUCAUCCUUUUCUUUCCUUCUAACCAACCAUGUCUGCAACACAAGGUGUUUGAUCCAUGUCAGUUUCCUCUUCCUCUUCUCCAAUUGACUUUGUAGCCGGCUGAAAUUAUAAAAAUAAAAAAAAAAGAAAAAAGAAGAAAGCUACAGGGUUUGUUUGUAGCUGUCUUCAUUGAUUAUCUUCUGGCUGAGAUAUAGAGACGGUUAGUUUGUCUGUCGCCACUCUCUCUCUCUCUCUCUCUGUCUCCUUUUCAAGAGAUAGAAAUUAGAAAAUACCCAGAGUGGGAAAGUGUCUUGUUUGCUUAAAAAGUUGUCUUCUCAUGACCAUAUCCUGUGUGCCCUACUUCUGAGUCUGUGCUUUCUUACUUUCUCUUCUUAAUUCACCUGAAGAUAAUGAGGUCGGUGGUGGUAGUGCUAUAGUGCUGCUACUCAACUCAAUUGCUUCCAACACCACUCCAUAAUUUUCAUAUUUGUUCCUAGCCAGCUUUUGAAGGAUUAGGAUUUGUGAAACUUAGAAUUGCAAUCAUUUUAGCACUACACUAUACCCUAAAGAAGCAGACAGGUAGCUAGGAGAGAAUGGAACUUUCGAGUCAAGAAGGAGAAAUCCCAAUCCCAAUAAACAGCACUACGUAUGGUGGGGGACACGGUAAUGGACACGGUCAUGGUCUCAUGAUUCACCAUGACCCUCCACACCACAACCACAACCACAUUAUCUCCUCCACCGCGCCUACGAACGGCACACCCACUAUGCAUCAGGAGGAUCAUGGGUACAAGAAAGUGGUGCGGUACAGAGAAUGCCUGAAGAACCAUGCAGCGGCCAUGGGAGGGAAUGCCACUGAUGGGUGCGGCGAGUUCAUGCCGAGUGGAGAAGAGGGCACCAUAGAGGCACUGAACUGUUCGGCCUGCCAUUGCCACAGAAACUUCCACAGAAAGGAAGUGGAGGGUGAGCCGUCUUCAUGUGACUACCACCCCUUCAACAGAAGAAGACUCAUUCUGGGCCCUCACAAGAACCUCCUCCCUCCCGAGGCUCUUGGCUACCCUACAGGUAACAUCCUUCCUUCUAGAAGCGUCCCACCACACCAGAUGAUAAUGCCCUACAGCAUUGGUCACCUCCCUUCAGAGUCUGAUGAACAAGAAGACGGUGGAGGAAUGGUGCAGCCUAGAUCCUCCCAGCUAGUGAAGAAAAGGUUCAGGACAAAGUUCACCCAGGAGCAGAAGGAGAAAAUGCUCAACUUUGCUGAGAGGGUUGGAUGGAAAAUCCAGAAACAAGAAGAGUCCGUGGUGCAACAGUUCUGCCAAGAGAUUGGGGUCAAGCGAAGAGUGCUCAAGGUUUGGAUGCACAACAAUAAGCACAAUCUCGCUAAAAAGAAUCCCCCUACUGCAGAAGCUUAAAGUACAAUAAUUUAUUAUUAUCAUCGAUCAUCCUUUUAUCUAGCUUUGUGUUUUGUGCUUUAUUAUUAUGAUUACUAGUAUUAUAAA